AUGAGCACAGUAACGAAUGCAAUCGCUCGGUCUGAAGAUCUCUGGUUCUCCGAUGGUAGCAUUGUCAUACAAGCCGGAAACGCGCAGUUUAAAGUCUUUCACGGAAUCCUCUCUUUGCGGUCUCCAAUUUUCCGUGACAUGCUUUCGAUUCCCCAACCUGCAGAUGCAGAGACCAUCGACGAAUGCCCCGUGCUACGGCUCCCUGAUGAUGAAGCAGAUACCAGGAACUUUCUCAUGGCCUUAUAUCACCCCAGCCAUUUCCCUGCAUUCCCCAAUACCAUCGACCUCGAGACCCUCUUGGCCUGUCUCCGACUGGCUCACAAGUACGAGGUAGAAGAUCUCCUGCGCCGUGCUCUAGUCCACUUGUCUUCGGGUUUUGCCAUGUCUAUGAGUGAUUAUGUCGCGCGUGUUACGGAGACUGCCGACAAUGGUCGCUCCAUCCUUGACAAACGCUCGUGGGUAUCAGAGCCUGCGACUCUUACAGCAAACAUCCUACUCCAGCUUGUCUCCACUGCACAGACGAUUGGCAUCCCAUGGAUCUUGCCCCACAUAUUUCUUUGGCUCUCGGAGCCGCCUCUCCAAACGAAUAUCCUAGCAUCACUUCCUCCGGAGUUUAUUCGUGGUUCUUCUCUCGUGAACAAAGCAGUGCUCCAGAGCAUUUCACUCUCCUUUGCAAACCCAAUUGACAUUCCAUCGUGCACCGACCCUCUAGGUUGUUUUCGGCAGAGAUUGAACAAUAGCAACAUCCUUAAGGCGGCAAUGGACAAUCUUGACCUUCCCCUCCCAAUUCUCUUCUUUUCCGCCCCAGCGGAAGUACUUCGCCAGACCUUGAAAAGAGAACAGCUGUGUCAGAUAUGCUUCAAUGUUCUCAUACAAUCGCACGAAGUAGCAACCCAGAAGUUUUGGGACGAUCUGCCUGGAUUAUUUGGUCUCCCAUCGUGGGAGGAACUCGAGUUAUCGAAAACGAAUGCAAUCGGACCCAAUAUGUUUUGCUAA